AUCAAUUAAUGCACAUGGGGCGAUGUGUUUAAAGGGAAAGCACACUGAUGUGAGCAACUUACUUUGGCAUUCAUCAAAAAAGGUGAAUGGACAGACCGAGAGAUCAAUGGAUGGAAGUACGAUAUAGAAGUAUAUGAUGCAGUAGUUGUAAACUCUAGGAGGAAGGCAAAUGGGUGCUGUAAAAUACUUCCCAGUUUUGUGUACGUUUGAAAAUUUUUGUAAUGAAAUACAGAAGAAAUUUUCGGUGAAACAUUCGUAAAUGUAUUAGCACAGUCAUUAAUUUGAAUUAUAAUUUUUACUGGCUGAAUUGCCAGUUGGGUACCCUGGGUGAAGUGGAUUACAAUCCCAAAUAUAAUAACUGCCAUUAAUUGCUGGGUCAGAAUCCGAAUGGGGAACACUUACUUAAAAAUUAUUAACAUUUUAAAAUUAAUAACUCCAUUUCACUUUAAUUUUACACCAAUCCUUUGAGGGAUGAGCUUUUUAAUCUGCGUUUUACGUUAGAGGAAUUCAAAUCUGCAGGGAGACAGAAGAUGGAACUCAGGAGCCCCAGGAGGAGCAGGUUUCCAAAUUAAGCGGAUCACUUCCACUUUUGCGGACACUCUUGCGACUGCGUUUAGUUGCAGUUUAGGGGCCCCAAUACGCCCAAUUACUUUGGCGGGGAAAAGCGUCUGUCCUUCACCCCGUCUCGGGCCCCACCGUCACCGGGGCCGCGCCCCUCGGUCCCAGGAGAGGGGGGCCUCCAAACGCGCUGCAGCCAAUCAGCGCCCUCGGCCAGCGCCCCCCACCCCCUCCCGCCCUCUCAAAGCCUCACGCCUGCGUUAAUCCCUGUAGGUUCCGCCAACUCCACUCAGAGGCGCGCGGCAGGUUCCCUUUCUGCUAAUAGCCAUCAUCUUCUGGGAUCCCGGACCGCCGCCUUCCGCACCCAGGGGCCUGGAUUUCCCCUCCCGGCCCCAGGGAUCUGGCUCCCCAUUUCCUGGACCUGGCCUCCCGGGCCCCAGACUUGGGCUCCCGAGCCCUUGGUUUCCAGGACCUAGGCACCCUAGUCGCCGCCUCCAGCACCUUGGGAAGUUCCGGAUCUGCGCUUCCAGGACCUCUUGAAGAUCGCCGCCGUGGGGGCACCUUCUUCAGCAGUAAAGGACCCAGGUUCCAGCCAGAGAAUCUCCUGUGUGCCUGACGCCCAAGAGAACCCAGGGGUUCCCAAGUCACGGUUCUGGGGCACCGGACAUAGUCUAGAAGAUCAGAGCCCCAGCGCCCAGCCUAGCAGUCCCCGGCACCCCAGCUCCCAAGGGCCAGGGAGCUUAGGCGCUGCGAACUCACUACUCCAAGGAACCCUCCCGAGUUCCGCCUCCAGGCUCUGUUACUCGGCUCAGUUCUGAGGAACGUGUACGUCCUGGGAAGGACCCCAAGAAGCUCCCAGCUUCCGGGCGCUGGGGAGCCCCGAGGCAUCCGUCAUGAUGGCCGAUCCACCUAAGGGAGACCCCAAGGUGCUCGCGGCGGCAGAGCACACCGCUAACGAUGUCCCGGAGUUGGUCCCCACAGAGGACCCGGGCGCGGCGGGAGGUGGCUGCUGCGGUUCCCGCGACCAGCUGCGCCGCUGCCUUCGCGCCAACCUGCUGGUGCUGCUGACCGUGACGGCCGUGGGGGCGGGCGUGGCGCUGGGGCUAGGGGUGUCGGGGGCCGGUGGCGCACAAGCGCUGGGCCCCGCGGGCCUGGUGGCCUUCGCCUUCCCGGGCGAGCUGCUAGUGCGCCUGCUAAGGAUGAUCAUCUUGCCGUUGGUGGUGAGCAGCCUGAUCACAGGCGCCGCCAACGUGGACCUGAGCGCGCUGGGCCGUCUGGGCGCCUGGGCGCUGCUUUUUUUCCUGGUCACCACACUGCUGGCGUCCGCGCUCGGGGUGGGCUUGGCUCUAGCCUUGCAGCCAGGCGUCGCCUUCGCCGCCAGCAGCUCAUUCGGAGCCACGGACGCCGUGGAUGGGGACUCCAGUGAGGAGGUGCUCUAUUCGUUCCUGGAUCUUGUGAGAAAUGUCUUCCCCUCCAACCUGGUGUCUGCAGCCUUCCGCUCAUAUGCUACCUCCUAUGAUGAGAGAGGGAUCGACGGAACUAAGGUGAAGGUGCCUGUUGGAGGCGAGGUGGAAGGUAUGAACAUUCUAGGCCUGGUGAUGUUUGCCAUCAUUUUUGGCAUGGCCCUGAAGAAGCUGGGGCCUGAGGGAGAGCUGCUCAUCCACUUCUUCAAUUCCUUCAAUGGUGCCACCGAGGUGCUGGUGUCCUGGAUCAUGUGGUAUGCCCCUAUGGGCAUCUUGUUCCUGGUGGCUGGCAUGAUCGUGGAGAUGCAGGACGUGGGGCUGCUCUUCACCAUCCUUGGCAAAUACAUCCUGUGCUGCCUGCUGGGCCAUGCCCUCCAUGGGCUCCUGGUGCUGCCCCUCAUCUACUUUGUCUUCACCUGCAAAAACCCCUACCGCUUCCUGUGGGGCAUCAGGACAGCGCUGGUCACUGCCUUCAAGACCGCCUCCAGCUCCACCACGCUGCACACGAUGACGACGUGCGUGGAGAGGAAUGGCGUCGCCAAGCAUAUCAGCUGCUCCGUCCUGCCCAUCGGUGCCGCGUUCAACAAGGAUGGUGGUGCGCUCUUCCACGGUGUGGCCGCGGUGUUCAUUGCACAGCUCAACCACCAGUCCCUGGACUUUGCGAAGAUCAUCACCAUCCUGGUCACCGGUAUAGCGUCCAGCGUGGGUACUGCGGCCAUUCCUGGUGGAGGUGUCCUCACGGUGGCCAUCUUCCUCGAGGUAGUCGGUCUCCCAGCUCAUGACAUCUCCUUGUUCCUGGCUGUGGACUGGUUUCUGUCACACCCAGAUUUCCCCCCACAUCCUCCCACCCACAGCCAGUCCCCAGGGCCAGCACUUUUAUCAGCCCUCCCAGCCCUCCGGAGGAAGAGGCUGAUGCAAAAUGACCAGGGUCUUAGGUUUGCCUUGUGGGCUGGAGCUGAGGCCCCUGGUGACCCUGCCCAGCCUGCACUGCACAGCCAGCAUUCCUCACUCCCAGUCCACAAUCCCUCAGGGCUGGACCACCAGCCUACUGGGGUCCUAGGAGGCCAGCUCAGACUCCCCACACUUCGCAUGACUGAACCUGGCUCAGGCAUGUGUGGGGGCCAUAUUUGGGUGCAAAUGGGACCUCCCCUACCUCCAAAGGCCAGGCCAGCCCCCAGAUACUCCCUGAGUUCCCCCUUUGCUACUAAUAACUACCUCCAUGUCUAUCUCUGCAGAAAUGUCUUCCCCUCCAACCUGGUGUCUGCAGCCUUCCGCUCAUAUGCUACCUCCUAUGAUGAGAGAGGGAUCGACGGAACUAAGGUGAAGGUGCCUGUUGGAGGCGAGGUGGAAGGUAUGAACAUUCUAGGCCUGGUGAUGUUUGCCAUCAUUUUUGGCAUGGCCCUGAAGAAGCUGGGGCCUGAGGGAGAGCUGCUCAUCCACUUCUUCAAUUCCUUCAAUGGUGCCACCGAGGUGCUGGUGUCCUGGAUCAUGUGGUAUGCCCCUAUGGGCAUCUUGUUCCUGGUGGCUGGCAUGAUCGUGGAGAUGCAGGACGUGGGGCUGCUCUUCACCAUCCUUGGCAAAUACAUCCUGUGCUGCCUGCUGGGCCAUGCCCUCCAUGGGCUCCUGGUGCUGCCCCUCAUCUACUUUGUCUUCACCUGCAAAAACCCCUACCGCUUCCUGUGGGGCAUCAGGACAGCGCUGGUCACUGCCUUCAAGACCGCCUCCAGCUCCACCACGCUGCACACGAUGACGACGUGCGUGGAGAGGAAUGGCGUCGCCAAGCAUAUCAGCUGCUCCGUCCUGCCCAUCGGUGCCGCGUUCAACAAGGAUGGUGGUGCGCUCUUCCACGGUGUGGCCGCGGUGUUCAUUGCACAGCUCAACCACCAGUCCCUGGACUUUGCGAAGAUCAUCACCAUCCUGGUCACCGGUAUAGCGUCCAGCGUGGGUACUGCGGCCAUUCCUGGUGGAGGUGUCCUCACGGUGGCCAUCUUCCUCGAGGUAGUCGGUCUCCCAGCUCAUGACAUCUCCUUGUUCCUGGCUGUGGACUGGUUUCUAGACCGGUCUUGUACCAUCCUCAAUGUGGAAGGUGACGCCUUUGGGGCAGGACUCCUGCAAAGUUGUGUGGAUCGCACAGAGUCCCGGAGCCCGGUGCCCGAGCUGAUCCAAGUGAAGAUUGAAGGCCCCUGACUCCGCUGCCAGUCUCUACUGGGGAGGGACCCCUCCUCAAACCCUGUGGUGCAGGACCUGGGGGGGAUGCUGACACUUACAAGAGGGAAUUCCUCAUGUAAGGUCUAUGAGGAACCUUCCCUACACUGAGCAGGGGCACUGUGAACACUGGGAUCAUGAGGAGGGAUUAAUAAACAAACUGGGCUCCGGGGGCCCUACCCACACACUCCAGGGAGCCAGGGGCUCCGGCCUCCUCCCUGACAUCACAUCAGAGAGGUCUCAUUGCUGGGAUGUACGUGUGUGUGUGUGUGUAUCUCCCCAAAUCUCCCCAGUCCUCAACUCCCACCUCCACCCAAGGCUAGAAACAGCAAGAGUGUCCUCUACACCCCAUCCUGGGAGCCUGCCUGGCCUCCCUGUCUCAGGGCACAGGGCGCAGGUCACCAUACAGAUUUGAAGGAUGUUCAGACCGGUUGCUGGCCCCUUUGCUAGUUCUUUUGAUGGCUGUAGCUGGUGUGUGUGCGUGUGUGUGUGUGUUGUGUAUUUGUGUGAGUAUUCUGUGACUCUCUCCAUGAUACUUCCCAUGGUGUCCCCAGGCCUUUUGUUCCCUUCACUGUUUUUAAGAGAAACACUUCCUGGAACUCUGGGGACUCAGGGAGAGCAGGACAAGUACUACUGUAACUCCAGAGGACAGUUUUUUAUGGUAUCAUCAAUAUACAAUUACAUGAGCAACACUGUGGUUACUAGAUUUUCCCCUUUAUCAAGUCCUCACCACAUACCCCAUUAUAGUUACUGUGCAU